GCAGCAUGCAGUAGUCUUAAUCUUUCUGGAUAACCUAGUCUACAACUGAGAGAAUUGCUGAAAAAAUCAAAAUUUAUUUAUGAUCAGCCUGUAAACUGGACUUGGAGAUGAACACCAGCAUUCUCUUUUUCCUUGCUGCAUUCUAUACGAGUUGCAUGUCGAAGAACUUUACUGUUAUUAGAAGCAGACACAACAGCAAAUACUACAUUCUUUGUGUAAUUGACAUAUGCACUGCAGAAAACGAAACAGAUUUGGAAGCUGUUUACUUCAGCCAUAUCUUCAGGACUGUGGUUGCACAGCAUAACUUCUCAACUGUUGGAUACAUCAUGAUUGAAGGAUGCAAGUCCAGCUGCCUCUACUCGGAUGAAUUAUUGAAGUUAUUGAACUAUGAUGUGAUUAACAAAGUUACUGCAGUAGUUGCAUUAUAUACUGCAAGUUACAUCAGUUUCUUUUUAGACUUUGUAUUUAAUGAAUUUCCACAGAUUUCUGUUUCAAAGUACAUAGAUUGCGAAACAUCUCAUUUAACCCUGGGUGGUCCAGCACCAAUAAAUGAUAUUCUUGAUGUUCUUGAGAGAAUACUGAUAUCCGAAGGAUGGUAUGCUUUUAACAUUUUCUAUGGCCCUGGCACCAUGUAUCAAGACUUGGCAAAUAAAUUGAGGUCCAGAAAUGAAAAAAAAUGGUGUGUGGAUGUACACUUUGGUAUAGGCAAACUGCAAGAACUAAAUAAAAUGACAUAUUCAAAUGUUUCAGUUAUUUUGGGUGAUUUAUUAUUUUUAUUCCCUCUAAUGAAAGAGCUUCUGAAAGUAAAUACUGUCAAUGUACAGUUUGUGAUGUGCUGCCUGCAAAAAGAUGAAUUUCAAGAGUUUAUGAAGCUUCAUGAAGAGAUGGGUCGUAUUUUCCAAAAUUGUAUUUUUAUUAUAAUGGAUCCGGUAAACUCAUCUGAUUACUCAGAUUUCCUGCAAAUGUAUGCUGCACAGUGUCAGAAUGUGACCUCUGGAAACGAUUCUUUGCCGUGUACCUCUUGGGAUAAAUUUGAGUCUUUGGAUUGUGAAGCUGAAAUAUUUGACUACUGCAAUUUCUUAUAUGAAAAUAAAAUUAGUUAUUUCCUUCAGGAUUCACAUCUCCCUGAUUUAACAGACCCUUCUAAACUGAUUUCAUUAUUACAAAGGCUCAUUACUGUUCUGCAACACAUGAAUGAAAGUCAUGAAAACAUGAAACAGUUAAGACACUUCAUUCAGGAAUUUGAUUUUCCACCAAAUUUAUCUUGGUAUUCAUUUUCGGUAAUCAGGAUUGAAAAAAUUGAUAAGGAAUAUCAAGAAGUUCCUUUUGAGAUCUCUAAUGAGAAAACACGAGAGAAUGAAGGCAGAGUAUUCUGUAUGAGAUCAUGUAUACCGGGAGAAUACAUGGAAUUAGAUAACUUGUCAAGAUGCUGUUAUUCAUGUAAAUCGUGUGAACCCGGAACUUACAGUUUUGGAAAUGGAAGCCUCUAA